AUGUCGCACGAAAUGGAGGAAGAGCUCCAUCAAUUGCGAACAAAUGCUUCGGGUGAGCUCAUGUCCGAUGAGGAUUUUAUCAAAACCAUCGAGUCGAUGAGUGUCGAGGCUCAGGAGCAGGAGAUCAAUUCAUUGUUGAAGGCGAUGCACGAAAACCGUAUUGUGUCGUGGGAUGAAGCCGAGCGAAUCCUUCAGGAAACCGACAAAACACCCGUCAAAUGCAGUCUACCGGAGCAAACGCGCCCUACGGAGCCUGACAAUGAAGUGGACGUCGACGUUUGCAUUCGUAAACUUCUUGAUAACGAUCCGAGUUUGAAGGAAGUCAAUCUGAAUAAUAUGAAGAGAACCCCGGUUCCAGCGAUCAAGAGGUUGCUCGAAGCAUUGGCAUACAAUGAGCAUUGCGAGAGAAUUUCAUUGGCAAAUAUGGGAUUGUAUGAUCAUGAUAUUAUGGUUUUGGUGACUGUGAUUGAAAUGAAUCAAGCAAUCAAAAAAGUCAAUUUGGAGACUAAUUAUCUCAGCGGUGAAUUCUUCGCCAAAUUGUUUAAAGCUGCAUUGGUGAAUGAGACUGUCGAGGAGAUCAAAGCAGUUAACCAAGGCGUCUCAUUUUCGACGCAAUCUGAAAAAGAAAUCAUUGAUGCGAUUGUGAAGAACCAUGGAUUGACAAAGAUUUCGAUCAAUUUCCGAUUGCCCGAAGGACGGCAUAAAGUCGAAAAUGCGACGCUGAGAAAUGGAGAAAUUAAGAGAAUAAAACGACGAGAAGCCGCGUUGAAGGCGAAACAAGAAGCCGAAGAGCUCGCGAAAAAUCCCGUGCCGCACCUCGCACCGGAGCCCAAAAAGGUGCCAGAAAAGAAUGAGCCGGUCAAGGCUCCAACCCCGGUCAAGGCACCUCCAAAGGAGCCAACACAGAUUGCACCAAAGUAUAUGGUUUCACCAAAGCCGAAUGUUGCACCAAAACCGUUGGCGAUGGUUGUCGCCAAUGCACCACCAAAGCCGACGAUUCUCGCCAAGCAGUUGUCGUUUCAACGAGCUUCGAGGGAGUCCGAAGAAGAUACGGAGCUUGUAGCUCCUGAGAAGAGUGAAAUUCCAAGGAAGAUUUCGAUUCCAAGGAAGUUCGUUGAACUCUCCAAUGAGCCUGAGAAGCAGCUUACACCGCCGAAAGCGGCUCCGCCAAAGAGACAAUUCAAACAGUGGAAGCCGAAAACGAUCGACGAACUAGAUGAUGGUCCGAUGGAAGAAGCUCACAAGCAAGUGACAAAGGUCCCACCACCUCCACGAAAGAUUAUCAAAAAAUGGGAACCUAAACAAACGAUUGGCGAUGAAGAAGAUGCUCCGAUUGCCGAGAAAGAUGGUCCGAAACAAGCACCGCCACCACCGAAAAGACUUAUCAAGAAAUGGGAACCUAAACGAGCUGUCGAUGAUUUUGAAGGUGCUCCGAUUGCCAAAAAAGAUGAUCUGAAGCAAGCAGCACCACCGAAAAGGAUUACCAAGAAGUGGGAACCCAAACCUGCCGAGGAACGCGUUGAAGAGGGUCCGAUAUCACAGAAGGCACCGCCUCGUAGAAUGAAGCAGUUUGAAAUUCAAAACGGAUGUAUGAUGGAGAAGGAUGAUGCGAAAAAAGUUGAAGGGCCGAAGGGACCACCACCGCGUAGAAUAAUCAGACAAUGGGAACCGAAACCGAUCGAUGAUCCUGAGGAAGGACCGAUGAAGCAGGAGACUGGUCCACGAGAGCCGAACUUUGAAUCAAAGAAAAACGAGGAUGUUGAGAAUCAGCGAAUUCCACAAAAGAUGACAGCAAAAUCAUUAUGGGAGCAACGAAUGGCGAAACUCGAAAAGAAGACCGAGAAGAAGAAGGCGAAGCCAUUGCUGUCGAUUCAGAAGAUUCGCGAAAUGGAGAAGUCGGCGGCGAACGAGAACCCCGAUAUUCUCGAGAAAGCGAUUCCGAAAAAAUUGGAUGUGACACCAUUCGAAAACGGUGAAAAAGAGACACCGCACAAACAGAAAAUAGUGGCGACGAAGCGAAAUUCGCUGGUUGAGGAGCAGAAAAUUGUGGGCGAUGGAAUCGAAGAAAAACGACCAACAACUAUCAUUCGGCGUACGGUGAUGCGCAAGAAAGAGGAGGGGGCGGUGCUCGAGAUGCCCAAGAGAAUCGUCCGACCUCAUGUUCAUGCUUCUUAA